UGGAGUAUGGUUGUGUCGCUCCGUUUAAAAAGAAUACCUUACGCGCGUGCUUACUAAACUUUAUUAUUAAACUAAAACGGCAAACUUUUUGCAAGUUGUGUUGAAACUUUUGCUUGGUUUUCAAUGUGGAUUAUGACUGUGAUAUAUAUGUGAAAUCGCUUCAAGGUGGUAUAAUAUUAGAUGAAUUAAAAAAUAGGUACCCUGUUCGUAAAUAUUGUGAUGAAUGGUUGAUUUUGGAUUGCUUUGAACAGUGAUGUUGACUGUGUAUUCGAUAUAGUGGCGUUAGUUUUAAUUGACAGAGAUGGCGGGGUUUAAUUUUAGCGUGUGCUUGGUGCUUGUUUUGUACCAGCUCUCAACUGCUUUUAGCGAUGAGUCGUCUUCAGAGGCAUCAGAUCUUGGAUUGACUGAUCUUAACCCCGAGGGGGAUGCAGAAGGUGUCAGAUGCUACUGCAACACAGCGCAGUGUGUCAGCACGGGAUACAUGUGCCGGUCGCGGAAAGGCGGCGGUUGCUACAGCGAAGUUCCUCCCAGAAGGCACCACGCAAGACACGGCUGCUUGCACCAUUUAGCUGAAAAGCAAGAAGAAGCGUUAUCCCAUUGCCAGAACGCGCCAUCGCAGGGUGGUCCCCCCCCUCGACACCACUCCCUUCUGCUGUGCUGCUUCAAGGAUCUGUGCAACCACGAGGACAGUCCCGUGGCCAGGACGAGGAAUCUCACUGCCAAUGACUUAGAAAACAGCGUCGCAAGCGAACGCGGCGCGUCCUACAACGGUGAGGUUUGGUUCAAGGCCGCGACCAUAGCCGUCCCCGUGUGCGGCGCGCUCAUCCUCUUCAUACUGGUGGCCGUCGCAGUCAGGUUGCUGCGAGCCGACGCUCUGCUACAGGCAGAUAGGAAACUGAGGGGCGGCUACAUGAUACCGCCACAGCACAGCACAGAAGAUGUCAAGAAAGUAUGGGUGGGCAACUCUUCCGCCCCCCUCCUCAUGACGUCAGGUGGCUGUCUUGUCGCGGUCGAACGCGCUCAGCUGGUCGACAUACCCCCCUGCCAACAGCUCUGUGAUAUCCAACGAUAGACUGCCAAGCAACGAGCGAGCAAUCUCUUUCGCCCACUGUGCCAUGAAAUGACGGCGUGUAGUAUAGGAGUGUGGUAAUUAAUGUGAGGCUUUGUUUAAACUUUGAAUAGGACAAAAAAAAUGUCUUAAAUGUUAAAGUUAUGAUACAUAUCACUUCAACGGUACCCCUAGCACCAAAGGUGUACAGCCGCAAGGCAAUAAAAAUCACAUUGCUUCUUUAAAUGUUGACGAUGAUAAGGAGCACUUGGUUUCACAGCUUUGGUGCACGGGAGAAAGUAAUUAUUUUUAUUAGAAAUUAUCCAAAUAAUAUUAGGAAAUGUUUAAAUAUAUGAAUGACUCACAUAAUUUAUUAAUUUUAAUUACAGUUGACCUACGAAUUAUGUCAAUUUUAAAGAUAAUUGUUAAGCGUUUAUAUUACAAGCUUGGUCAUAAAAUUGUUUCGAUAAGAUUAUUAUGAACAAAGCAAAUAAGAAAGUUACGCCUUCGGAAUGGCUUGAACCAUACACGUACAUUAUAAAUACGUUUCGUUUAUUUUUUGGUGUCUUCUAAUUAGAAGCGAUUAUGCGGUCAUCGCAAAGGUCGUGAGACUUUUAACCGCUACCAAACAGCUACAAAACUCUUAGUUUCUAGACAUUGAAAUCGUGUCACACUCGUAAGUGUAUUUUGUGACAUGCUUUGGCACCACUCGUGACCUAUCAAGAUUAACGUCACUUUCGUGAGUGUGAUACAAUAUAAAUAACUUAAAGAAUAUGAGUGACUGAGUACUGAUUUGUCAGCACAUGAACCAAAUUUUAGCGACUAAAAACUGUCAGCACCUGCCGUUUCUUGGAUUUAUGUGAUGAUGCGGCUUAAUAACGUUGUGGCUGUGUAUUUGUUUCAAAUUAGCGACGCCUAAGACUCACAUUAAAUCACUUUUUAAGCCUAUAUCUAUGAAAUGUAUGAAAAUUAGGUCCAUAUCAAGAAUCUUUUUGUAAAUUGAUCUCAGUGUUAGCCCGUCGUUCCACGGUACAGUGCGCGCGUAUACCAAAUCUACCACAAUGUAUAUUUAACUUUAUUUUUAUAAGCGCUUUGUGUUCCUUUAUUUUGUAAAUGUAUCAAUUUUGACUUGUCUCUUGAACCCGUAUUUGCUAUGACAUUCAAAUUGUAACAUGGAAAUCGCAAUUAUUUGUGACGUCAAAUUUCAUAAUGUAUUGCAAACGCAUAUUUGGUGUAGUUGUUAUUUUAAUGUCAUAGCUAUAGGCUCCAAAUCUAUUAUUUUAAUGGAAAUCGUAACACUUUAAGUUACCAAAAUGUUAAGAGAAAUACCACAUUAUGACAUUAUGUAGUAAAUUGUCUAUUUAACAGAUACGAUAUGACGACUGGAUCUUGAACUAUAAAUUCAAGUUAUAUUGCAAAUCUGACUUAGAAGAUAAGGAAACUAUAGAAGAGUAACGAAUCAGAGUUUGGUUGCGUUUACUUAAUAUAAAAGAAAUGCGACAAAAUGUCAUAAUGUGCUGAAAACUAACAAUGACAACACGGAAUGCAUUGUUUAAGAGACAAGAGUAACAUUAAUUUUGUUGUUUCUAUAUCUUCAAUGAUUAUUUUACUUGUUACACUGUUUAAAGGCUUCUAAGACUGAAAAUUAUUUUUUCAAGACCGAUUGGUUUAUUUCGGAAUAUCGAGAAAACUAAUGAUUUCCAUUAUCGAUGUCUCUUAAGCAAUGUAAGGUUAAACAAAUAUAAACCUUAACCUAUUUUAUUUAGGUACCAAUUACCCUGCUUGAUGCAUUGUGAUAUUUGUGCUACUUCUAACUUGGGGUUAUUACGCAACGCACUGUCGGUCAACAUAAUAUAGAUCCUAAUGGUUGGUAUUCACUUAUACCAUGUUAAUUGGCCACUUUAAUCGCAAUCAUCUUUGAAAAUGAGUGUCGUUGCGCGAUUAACGCCUAAUAUGACAAUUUAAAUAUAUUACUUUGCAUUUUAAAAUAUUUAUGAUUGCAUUAUUUUCAUAUAAUAUGCUGCAAGUGGGAAAGACUUUUUGUGCAGAUAUAGGUGACUGAAUAUAAAUUCUAUAUUGCACUCCAUAAAAUAUAUUAUGAAAAUAAAUUAUGUACUUUUUUAAUUGAAAAUUAUAUAUAACGGCAUCAAAUGGCUCGAAAUAAAAAGAUUUAGAUGUUAAGAUAUUCCCUAAUUUCAAAUUGACAAAAUGUCUUGACUAAGAACUGCGUGGGUUCACGGGCCGAUAUAAAUGGUAACUUUGACCAUCUAAAAUUUCAGGCAUUGUUUAAGAAAAUUAAUUAAUCGGUGCAAUAAGAAACACCCUUAGUUAUCGCGAGGGAAAUGGUGCGCUGGUGGUAUCUUUUACUGCUCCGGUCAUGUGUACUAGUGAAAACAUAUUCGAAUCAAUAUUAAAUUUAAACUAGCCGUACUGACUGCUUCUAUUGACUGAAGAAAUUGAACAAUGCCCUAACCUAUUUAAGGAAUAAAAAAAACGCGAUAAAAAAAGUUGCCGUGCUUUUUAAAAACGCCUAAAAACGGGAUUUUGCAGAGAUCUGAGACAUGAAAUAUUUGACAUUUUUCCCCAGUGCAUGUGCUAUUGAAAUUGACUUGAAAUAAUGACGUACCAAUUAGGUGUCAAAGAAAUCUUCGUCAAAACAAUUUUGUGGUAACAUCGCGCAAGUUUUAUUAAAUACAUAUUAAUGGUAUGUUAAAUUCGAUAUAUUUUUUAACUCAAUGAAGUGUAGAAAGGCUCGUUUGGCAAUAUACAUAAAUAUUAUUAUUUUUAUUACGUUUAAUGCAUACGUGACACAUAUAAAAGCUGAUAUAUAUCAAGGCUUACCUUUGUAAUUAGAAUAUUUAUAUCCAGUCCGGUUGGCCUUACUCUAAUUAAACAAGUCAUAACUAUAUUGCUUAGACAUGCACAUCCGUGCAAAAUUGAAUGAUAUCCUUAAUAAUAACGCCUGUCCGUUAUUUAUCAUUAUUAUGAGUUGUCAAGGUUAAAAAUUACUUGCGUGAUGUUUAAUUAAAGCCUUCAAUGAGGCUAUACUCAGUUAACAGUGUCUCAUUUAAGCAAACUUCUAUAAAACAAAUAUAAAGGAGAUGAAAUACAAAA